AUGAAAUUUCCCAUACGACAGACAAGCAGCCAUAUCGGUAGGAGAUUUACAAGUUCGGUAACCAAAGAUCUUUCUAAUGACCCUUGGAACAGUAUAAUUAGCCCAUGUACGGUAGAACCUAUAACACCAGGUAUCUUGUCAGGAUCAUCAUACAUAUGUAAAGAUAACAUAGUUACGAAAAAUUCUUAUACUACAGCAGCUUCAAAAUCUCUUAUAGAUUAUAAUUCCCCAUUUGAUGCUACCGUUGUGAAAAUCUUGCUGACCAAUGGCCUGAAAUUAAUCGGGAAAUCCAAUCUUGAUGAAUUUGGAAUGGGAUCAUCAAAUACGAAUUCCCAUUUUGGACCAGCAUUAAAUCCAAUGUAUUCAACAGAAUCGGGACAAUCUCAUAUACCGGGUGGAUCAUCAGGUGGAUCAGCAGCUGCAGUUGCAGCUGGGUUGGCUUCGUUUGCAUUAGGUACUGACACAGGAGGUUCUGUUAGAUUGCCUGCAAGCUAUUGUGGAGUAGUUGGGUUCAAACCUACAUAUGGAAGGAUAUCCCGUUGGGGAGUCAUUCCGUAUGCACAGACAUUGGAUACUAUUGGAAUAAUAUCUAAAGAAGUCAACGUUAUAACAAAAGUAUUUGGAGUACUUGAUGUUUAUGAUUCAAAAGACCCUACCAGCUUGCCUCAACCAGUUAGAGAUUCAAUUAUACACACCAUUAAAGAGAAAUUGGUAAUUGGGAUUCCACAAGAGUUUGUGAUUGAAGAAUUAUCACCUGAGAUUAGAAAUGCAUGGGCUACCACUUUGUCAAAAUUAGUAGAAUUGGGUCAUACACUUAAGUCAAUUUCCAUAAAGGGGAUAAAGACAGCUUUACCUGCCUAUUAUACUUUAGCAACUGCUGAAGCAUCAUCCAAUUUAUCGAGAUAUGAUGGAGUGAGAUACGGUUAUUCAUCAGGAACUCUUUCGGAGUUUAUAGCUUCGAAUAGAACCGAAUCAUUGGGCCAAGAAGUUCAAAGAAGAAUAAUUCUUGGGAACUACACUCUUUCUUCCGAUUCAGGAGAUCAUUACUUACAGGCCACCAAAGUGAGAGAGGAAUUAGUGCAAGAAUUCUCGAACGUAUUCAAUAAUGGGCAUGCUCUUUUUGAAAAAAGACCUGUGACAGUAAAAGACGGAUGUGAUUUAAUAAUUUCGCCCACUUCAAUUGGCAUUGCUCCAAAAAUAGAUGAUUUUUUGAAGGAUGAUAAAUCUAAUUUCUUAAACAGUUAUGUUAAUGACAUUUUAACAGUGCCUGCUUCAUUGGCUGGUAUUCCGGCGUUGUCCUUACCUUGUGGAGGUGUUGGUAUUCAGCUCAUGGCACAGUUUGGAGAUGACCAUUUAGUUUUGAAUGUUGCUUCCCAAAUCUUGAAAGAGAAAUACAUAUAG